CGAUACGGCUUCUUUGCCUCCUUGCUGUCACUCCUCCACACAGAGCUAGCUCUCAAGGAAAUUGCACAUGCGCUCGAUGAACUCCACGCGGAUGGCGUGAUAUUUUUCACCCGCUACGGGGAAGACAACCACUAUCUUGGGGACUUCAUUCCGAUUUGGCGAGAACUCACCCGUCGCAAGGCAGUAGUAUUUAUCCGCCCUAUACAUGCCGUGGACAUAAACCUCGUCAAUGCCACCCUGUCUCAACCUAUGUUUGAAUACGCGCACGAGACAGGUCGCACAGCCAUGGAGCUGAUCCUGUCCGGACGAGUGGAUCAGGUCAAAGAUACCAAGAUCAUUCUCUCCACGCAGGUGGCACGUUGCCCUAUCUUCUCUACCGUGCUGUCGGCAUGAUUCCACAGACGGUUUUUAGCGUCGGCAAGACGACGGAGGAACUGGUAGAUCUGGCUAAAGAUUUUUACUUCGAUGUAGCCAUCUCAAGCAGCCCAUUGACUUUGGGUCUGCCCUUCAGGCUCGUACGUCCAGGUCAUGUGCUGUUUGGGAGUGAUUUCCCCAACGCGCCGGUC